AUGUGUCUGCUUUACGCCUUCCUUGCUCUGCUUGGUCUCGGCUAUGGCUUCGAUCCUCGCUGUCCUGGGCGAUGCAGCUGUGACUCAGAGCACCUGGUGCAAUGCUACAGGCUCAUGGAGGUACCAUCGGGCAUUCCUGCCACCACCAAGAAGCUCUACAUCAGCCAUAGCAAAAUUCAACACCUUCAGCUAUCUAACUUUACCAAAAUGUUAGCUCUCGAAGAUUUUCUUCUGCUGGCCAGUGGCACAGAGUCAGUAGAAAACGACACUUUCAAAACUCUGAGUACUUUGAAGACCUUGGAACUCUGGAAAAAUAAGUUAAGACGGGUCCCUCGUACUCUCCCGGCCAGCCUUGAAGUGUUAAAACUAAAUGAUAAUUCAAUAUAUGUGCUUCACGGAUCUGAUUUUGAAGGACUGAAGAAAUUAAAAAUCCUUGAACUGAAAAACAACCUGAUCUCUUCCGUGUCUCCCAGCAUGCUCUCCUGCCUCGUCAGUCUGCAAAGCUUGACGUUAGACGCCAACAACAUCGAGAAUGUGCAGGGACCGCUGGCCCUUCCCCAUCUGAAACAUCUGAGCAUGGAGAACAACAAGCUGCAUCUCAUACCAGCUGGCUUCUUCACUUCCCUCCAGUCUCUGCAAUUUCUCAGUUUCAGUAGCAACUUUCUGACUAAAAUUCCUACUAACCUGCCCAAAUCUUUGCUCUCUUUAAAAAUGGAGAGAAACCGGCUCAAAGCGGUGAGGUUUCGCGAUAUGAAACACUUGGAGAAGCUUUCCCACCUUUACCUGUCAGAAAACUCACUCUCUUCCAUCGAGGGGGCCCAACUUCUUGCCAAUCUAACCACUCUCGAGGUGUCCCAAAACCAGCUUCAGACGUUGCCCCUCCGACUGCCAGCCCGGCUGCAAAAGCUGGAUAUCAGCAAUAAUCUGAUUCGGAAGGUUACCGCGCAAGACUUCCGGGAGCUCCGAGAUCUGAAACACUUGUUUCUGGACAACAACAUCGUCAGCUUGUUUGAAGCUGGAGCCCUGCAGAAGUGUUACCAGCUCUCCAAUCUGGCCUUGGAGCAGAACCUCCUCCUGUCUAUACCUCUGCGGCUCCCGGGAACCUUAGCGAGGCUGGACCUCAAAGGCAAUGCCAUCCAGGACAUUGCUGAGAGGGAGGUCAAGGAUCUGAAGCAGCUCCAGGUUCUAAACCUCAGGAACAACAAGCUUUCCGCCUUAGACCUCAAAGCCCUGGAGGUGCUGCCUCGCCUCCGGCACCUGUAUCUGGAUGGAAAUCCGUGGAAUUGCACCUGCAGUCUCCUGAGGGCCAGGGAGGUCCUGAAGGCCAAGGGCACAGAUGUGAGGGGAGGACAGUGCGCAGCACCAGCUGAGCGACAAGGGGAGAGUUGGAUGUCUUCCAAGAAGAUCAUGAAGCAAUGUGAGCAUCACUUACAUCUGACCGAGAAAAGCAAAGAGACCAAAAAGAAACCAAAGCUGGAGGAGCACACCAGCAUCAGAAUCAAUGUGGAUGAUGAUUAUUAUGAUUAUGAGAUAGAUUAAGGAUGAGCUUUGUUUGCAGUUUAGAAAAAGGUUUUGUUUCUUUCUUUCUUAAUAGUAGACCUCAUUUUUAGAGCAGUUUUAGGUUCAUAGCAGAAUCAAGAGCAGAGUACAGAGAUUUCCUGUAUACCCCCUACCCCUACACAAACAUAGCCUCCCCUAUUACAACAUGUCCCACCAGAUGCGGAACAUUUAUUAUAGUUGAUGAACCUAUAUCAACGAAUCAUAAUCACCUAAAGCCCACAGUUUAUGUUGGGGUUCACUUUUGGAGUUGUACGUACUAUCAGUCAGUUCAGUCGCUCAGUCGUGUCUGACUCUUUGCGACCCCAUGGACUGCAGCACGCCAGG